AUGGAGUUCUUCAAUAAGGCCAAGGCUGUCAAACUUCGAAGCCAUCUUGACAAGUACCUAGUCGCCGACGAUAACCAAGAAACAGUCCGGCAGAGCCGAAACAGCACGUCACGUAAAUCUCGGUGGAUCGUCGAGUUCGUCGAUAGCAACAGCCACGUUAUCCGUCUCAAAAGCUGUCAUGGCCGAUACCUCACCGCCUCCAAAGAGCCUUUCCUUCUAGGCAUGACCGGAAACAAGGUAAUUCAAACAGUUCCGGCGAAGACGAAGGACAUGUCGAUCGAGUGGCAGCCAAUACGAGAUGGGUUUCAGGUGAAACUUAGGGCUUUUUGUGGGACUUAUUUACGUGGAAACGGAGGUCCACCGCCGUGGAGGAACUCGAUGACCCAUGAUAGCCCUCAUGGUGGUUCAACACAUAGUUGGAUUUUGUGGCACUUGGAGACAGUGGAUGUGCCGGAAAAUGAAACGUUGACGGAUUAUUUGUCGCUGAUUUCGAGUUUUUCUUCUGUUUCCGGUGAACUUUCCGGUUUGGAUUUGGGUUCGCCGGUGUCAACAGAGUCUAACGACUCCUCUUGGUCGUUUACGAAAAAGUCAAAGAAGAGCCCUCUGAACUCACGGACUGCAAUGGAUCUCUUCCACAACGCCACAGCUGUGCGCCUCCGCAGCCACCAUGACAAGUACUUAACCGCCGAGGAAGAUGAAGAAUCAAUUACCCAAGACCGGAACGGCUCCUCCAAGAACGCACGUUGGGCUGUUGAGUUCGUUGAAAAUUCGGAUACAAUGUUAAUCCGCCUCAAGAGCUGCUACAACAAGUACCUCACCGCUUCAAACCAUCCUUUUCUUCUCGGCAUGACUGGCCGGAAAGUGAUUCAGACCCUUCCUAGCCGGCUCGACUCUUCCGUCGAGUGGGAACCCAUCAAAGAAGGUAAUUGUGUGAGGCUUAAAACUCGGUACGGCCAGUUCCUCCGUGCCAAUGGUGGUCUACCGCCGUGGAGAAACUCAGUGACCCAUGAUAUUCCUCACCGCACUGCUACUCAAGAUUGGAUCCUCUGGGAAGUUGAUGUGGUUGAAAUUCUUGUUCAGUCCCCUUUGCCGAAAUUGGUUCCUCAUUCAGAUUCGUUUGCCUCAGAAUCAAGCUCUCCUUCAACUCAUUCUACCAAGUCUGCUAGUUUUUCCAGAUACGAGUUGGGUGAUUCUAUUAUUGAUUCGCCGCCUAAAGUGGGGGAUGGUAGGACUAUAUAUUAUAAUGUUGCAGAUGAAUUUGGGGUUGUGGAUGAGGGGGUUGAAGGGCUUCGUGUUACGUUUAAGGGGAAUGGGGUUGAGGAAUUGACCAGGAGGUUGGAGGAAGAAACAGGGCUUGAUAACAUUGUUGUGUGCUCGCGUAGUCCAUUGAAUGGGAAGCUUUAUCCCCUUCGAUUGCAGCUUCCUCCGAAUAAUGUGACUAUGCAUGUUGUUGUGGUUCAAUCUUCUUCAAGAGUGGCUACAGAAUUUGUGAAUUCAGUAACACCAUUAUGA